CUUGACAAUCGUUCAUCAUAAAACGCUUUCUCGGGUAGCGAAUCGUUUAGUUCCAGCAAUUCUUUCCGCGAUUAUUUGGAAAUUCAGCCUUUUAUUCAAGGAAAUAAAACUUCACAAUGGCCAAGCAUCAUCCCGAUCUUAUAUUCUGCCGGAAACAACCGGGAGUUGCCAUUGGGCGCCUGUGUGAGAAGUGCGACGGAAAGUGUGUGAUCUGUGAUUCCUACGUACGGCCGUGUACCCUGGUGCGAAUCUGUGACGAGUGCAACUACGGUUCCUACCAAGGACGAUGCGUAAUUUGCGGCGGUCCCGGCGUAUCGGAUGCCUACUACUGCAAGGAAUGUACGAUCCAGGAGAAAGAUAGAGAUGGAUGUCCGAAAAUUGUAAACCUGGGAAGUUCCAAAACGGAUCUAUUCUACGAACGGAAAAAGUACGGUUUCAAACAACGAUAGACUUAGGUUUCGCUUACAUGCUGAUUAGUUUAGAUUUAAUCAAUUUAUACUAAGAAUGACCUCUAUCAUGAACAUAAAAAUUUGUAUCCCAA